GCACUGUAAAGCGCGAGCGCUUGUGAAAGAUUCGUGGAGCAGCUCACUUUGCUUGUCGGCGAGACGGCGAUGUAUCAGGAGGAAAUGGAGGGCGGCGGCGGCGGAGGCGGCUCCGGAGGGGAGCAGCGGGACCAGGAGACCCUUGAAUCGGUGAGGUCGGCGUUGUUCAAGACAUCCAUAUCCUUGGACGAGAAGCGAUUCCGCAAGAUCGCCGGCUACGACUUCAACCAGGGGUUGGACCUCCUGGGUCUCCUCGGCUCCUUUUCCAGCACCGGGUUUCAAGCUUCCAACCUCGGAGACGCCAUCGAGGUCGUCAAUGAGAUGAUAGAUUGGAGGCUCUCCCAUGAAGCGCCCACGGAAGAUUGUGGUGAAGAAGAGCGGAAUACUGCAUACAGGGAAUCGGUGGGUUGCAAAAUUUUUCUAGGAUUCACUUCGAACCUUGUAUCAUCUGGAAUUAGGGAGACCAUCCGAUUUAUUGUGCAGCACCACAUGGUUGAAGUUUUGGUGACAACUGCUGGUGGCAUAGAAGAAGACAUAAUCAAGUGUCUCGCCCCAACUUAUAAGGGUGACUUCUCUUUGCCAGGGGCUCAUCUACGUUCCAAUGGAUUGAAUCGAAUUGGAAACUUGUUGGUGCCUAAUGACAAUUACUGCAAAUUUGAGGAUUGGAUUAUGCCAAUUCUGGACCAAAUGUUACUUGAACAGACUACAGAGAAUGUAGUAUGGACUCCUUCAAAAGUGAUUGCUCGUCUCGGCAAAGAAAUUAAUGAUGAAAAUUCGUACCUUUACUGGGCAUACAAGAAUGGUGUUUCUGUCUAUUGUCCGGCAUUGACUGAUGGAUCACUGGGGGAUAUGUUGUAUUGCCAUUCAGUCCGGCAUCCUGGUUUGCGUAUAGAUAUUGUGCAAGACAUCCGAGCUAUGAAUGGAGAAGCCGUACAUGUGGGUCUGAGAAAGACCGGAAUCAUUAUUCUAGGUGGGGGCCUCCCGAAGCACCAUAUCUGCAAUGCCAACAUGUUCCGUAAUGGAGCAGAUUAUGCUGUUUAUAUCAACACUGCACAAGAAUUUGAUGGAAGUGAUUCAGGUGCUCAGCCUGAUGAGGCAAUAUCAUGGGGAAAAAUAAGAGGUUCUGCUAAAACAAUUAAAGUUCACUGCGAUGCGACUCUUGCCUUCCCCCUACUUGUUGCUGCGACAUUUGCAAGCAAGUUUCACAAAAUAGGCAACAUCGAAUCAUAAUUCGGUUUGAUUUCCGAAUCUGAAUAUCUGGAGUCGAGAGCAUGCAGAAGGUUUUUCAAAAACUCCAGCUGAUUUACCUGAUUUUGUUCCUUUGUCUCAUUGUAUCGCCGAAACAGUAGGAUUUAUAUGCCACUUGUAUUUGUUAGCAAACUGUUCAUGCUUGUUCUUGUUCUUGAUACAAAA